AUGCUCAUACAAUAUCGGAAUAGAAAAAUUCUAAACGCUCAAGAAUUUUGUCCGAAUAUUUUCCCCAGAAAAUUGGAACAAAUGCAGAAAAGUAUAAAGAAAACGAACACGAACAACAUGAUAGCGGAAGGGUUGCAAAGAACAAAUUAUAACACAACUGGAAUGUCAAAAUAUCAUGUACUUAUUUCAAGAGUGUACAGGAAGCAUAUGAAAUUCCAGCAGAAGAUCCCUUCCAAAAAUACACCACUUGCAAGUAUUAAAAAAAAGUUAGCAAAAGAGGACAAUAUAACAUAUAGUUACGUAGUUAGAGACUAUGAUGUAAAAUUCAUAAGCAUCUACCAUUCGAGUUACGUCAAAUUAGAAAACGAAGUUCACCAUUAUGUAAUGGACUUAAUCGUUGACAACACAUUCCAUGAAUACGUCUUUUCUAAUUUUUUAAAUAAAAUUCAAUAUUCUUGA